UGUCUGAUUAAAGGCAUGUGUUUCUCGUGGGGGGGAACACUUCCCGAAAAACCGCUUCAGCCGAGCAACAUUAGUGGUCGAGUGAUCGUCAUGGCGACAGUUGCCUGGUUAGUGCUCGCGAGUUGCUUGCUCAAUGCAGUGCAAUCGAAGCCCGAGCGCGGCUCGAUUAUAUAUCCCAAGGAUGAAUUUCCACCGGAGAGCAAUUGUAUUCGUCAUUCCGCGGAUAAAUUCCAGUUCUGCGCCAACAGUCCCACAACCGAUUGCCCAUCGCUGGAUUUGGGACAUGGCAGUGCCUUUGGACACGCUCUCCUGGGAGAGGUCUUCGAGAACAAGAGGAUUGUGUGGAGAUGCGCAGGAUCACUCUUGGCGCCUCAAUUCGUGAUCACUUCUGCCCACUGCAUCACCAGCUUGGACAACAUCAAACACGUUCGCAUCACUUCGAGCGCCACGGAGACAAAUGAAGUCAAAUCAACUGAUGUCUCAAUCAAUCACACAAUUCUCCACCCGGCUUAUCACGCCAAGAAGCUCUACUUUGACGUGGCCAUUGUCCGUCUCAACAGAUCAGUGACGAACUUUCAACCGAUGUUCCUGCCCACGUCUGACCUGAUGAAUCAGACAUUUUACUUGACAGGAUGGGCAAAAGCCCAGCGCAAUGAAUACAAUGUCGCUCUUGAUCCAAUGGAGAUGAUCACAAAUGACAAGUGUUCAACUUUUUUCCAUCUUCCUGAGCUGAGAAAUGGCAUUCUGGCCAAUCAAGUGUGCGGAAAAAUUCCUGAAAAGAGCUACAUAAAGCCCUGCACAGGUUCAAUCUUGAGAUCACUCGAAACCACCACACACAUUUUGGUGGGCAUUCCAUCAUUCACCUUCGGUUGCACCAAUGAGCGGCCCCUCGUCUUCACCAACAUCGUCUUCUUCUCACCCUGGAUCAGGACAAUGGUGGAGAACUUCUGGCAAGGAGACUGCGGAUUUCCAGAGAAGAGAUAAUUGCAAACGGACAGUG